AUGGAUUUAUGCACCCGCCUGCUAGACUCCACUGCUUCGGUCGCAGCUUCUGACCUAGAACAACCGACUUGGUUCCGACGUACAUUGCAGGUAAAGCAGGCUCCAGUCUCUAAACCGAUGAGCUCCAAUCCUUCGGGUGGCCUCUACGUGUCUGGACAGACGUCAGCUAGUGGCAGCCUUGUGAUUGGCCAGGACUUAUUGACCUCAAUGGAUGCUUCUGUAGUAUCCACAUCACUUCCCGCCUCUUCACCUGCCUGCGCCUCCCACAACCCUGUCUCCUUUUCUAUCUCCUCUACUCCUUGGCCCUCAGAUUCAAUGACGCCAAAUGGGUCCUUGGCGGCCUGCCCAGAUUCUACCAUUACCAGUUCAGAGCUCGCUCACUCGUCAAGUUCUGGCAUCUUCUCAGCCUCUCCUGGUACUCAGUGUUACACGGGUGAUUGGCAACACUAUGUCAUGUUUUUGUAUCAAUAA